AUGUCCCACCCACCAACACUCACAGACCUCAAAAAUCUUCUCUCUAAAUCUGCAAAGCUCAACAAAGCCCAAGUUGCUCUACCACCUGCAAUGCGAGGUCUACUUCCUAUAGCUAUCGGUGCUGGUGGCUAUAUUGCAAAAGUGACAAACGGUGAUAACUUCAUCGAACGCCAGAUCUUAGGCAAGCCAUCUGUCGAGGACGAUUUUAUUGCCUUGCCUGAGCCUGAACUCAAGAAGGAGCUACCGGAACCGCCCGCUGUCAAAAGAAAGAACAAACACUAUCAGGUAGAAAGCGAACCUGCAGACAAGAAACAAUAG